CUCUCCCCUGCCUGCCACUGAUUUCUCUCUCAAAAUCCUCCCACAGUGGGUGGAGCCAGAGCUGUACAUUCCCCCCCUCUCCCAAUAUCAGUCUGGCCAUUCAUUCCGGGGCUGCAGCUGCAGAGUCACGGGGUCUCCAGGCCGAGGCUCAGGGGACCAGAUGAUGUGACGAUAGAUGUGUGGGGGGCCCUGAGACCUCAAGAUGAUUCGUCUGGGGAAGCUGAAGGUUGUACGUCGGCGUCUCCUGCAACGCUAUGAGCACCAGCCAUUUGUAUCCUUGCUAGCGGGUCUGUACAGCUGCCGAUGGAAACGAUAUCAGCGCCAGAAAACAGAGCCGGGACAAUGCUGCUGCAAGUUGAAGGAGCACUUGUUCUUUAUAGUUUUGCUUGUGGCUUUCUGCCUCUCCUUGGUCUUCUUAUAUUUCUGGCAGGAGGCAAAGAACGACUACAAUGACUUUGACUGGAUCUCAUAUUUAAAAGUGGGGUACUGGUUCCUGUGGUCUACAGUAGUUCUGGUGGUGGCAGCGGUGCUGUUUGGAUACAUCGCAACAUUAUUGAUAUUAGCAGUAUGUUUGCUCUCAGAGGGACAACAAUUACAUCUUCACUGGAGCCACAAGAUUGGGACCGUGGUCGUUCUGGUGGUCUCGUUGGGAGCACUGGGUGCCCUAUCACAGCUGUGGAAAGGAGAAUGGGACACGGUGCGGCUUUCCUUCCAGGUUACUGCCCCCUAUCUGCACAUCGGCGCCAUUGCAGCAAUGUCUGUUCUUUCCUGGCCAGUGGCUCUGUAUUUUAUGAGAAUGAGCAACGCAGGUUUUCGGGUGCUGAUAUUAAGUCCUUACCUUGCUGCGCUGCUGUUUCUCUAUCUCAUCCCACUGGGCAUGUACUCUCCGUGUAUCAGAGCGGAAGGCACCCUGGGGCCCAAACCCAAACUGAUCGGACAUAGAGGAUCACCAACAUUGGCACCGGAAAACACCCUGCUGUCAUUCCUGAAGACCAUAGAGAGCGGAGGAGAUGGACUCGAGUCUGACGUCACAUUGAGCUAUGACGGGGUACCAUUCCUUAUGCACGACAGCACUUUAAAGAGGACGACCAAUGUAAAAGACGUCUUCCCCAACCGGACCAAUGACAACGCAGCCAGGUUUACUUGGGACGCACUGGAACAGCUGAAUGCUGGGACGUGGUUCACUAAGAACCGGCCAUUUUCCUCGAUGGGUUCCCUGUCAGAGGAAGAAGAGCAGCGGGCAGCCAAUCAGUCCAUAUGCAAACUGUCCGACCUUCUACAACUCGCCAGCCGCUCCAACAAGACGGUGAUCUUUGAUCUGUACAUGCCGCCGGCGGAUCAUCCCUACAGACAGACCUUUGUCAACCGGACACUGGAAGUCAUCUCCGAGUCGGCCAUUGAUCAAAGACAGAUCUUCUGGCUGUUGGAUGAAAUGAGGUUGUACGUUCAGUCGGUCGCCCCCGGGUUCCAGCAGACAUAUAGGAUGAAGGCACCUGUAAAGGACCUGAAGGAGAAUAACAUAGUCAAGCUGAACCUGCCCUACAGUGACAUGUCCCAGGAAGACAUCAGAUUAUACGCAGAUGCCAACAUCACUACCAACCUGUAUGUGGUGAGUGAACCCUGGCUCUUCUCCCUCGCCUGGUGCGCUGGCGCUCAUUCCGUCACAACUAACAUGGUGCAGACCCUGAAACGCAUGGACACACCAAUGUUCCUCAUGACCCCAGAGAAAUACAGAUUAAUGUGGAUUCUGGCGGAUGCUGUUUCGGUGCUGGUGAUUGUCCUCGUGUUUCUCUUGCAUGGGUGGCGAGAGAGAGGGUUACCCUGUUGCCCAGAAUGCCAGGAGAAUCUUAGCAGUGGGUUUUACAACACAUUUAAAACGGAGAUAGACAUGUCGGCCUCAUCAGACAGUGAAGCAAAGAGUCUGCCUACAACCCCCAACAUCAGAGAGGGGAGCAUCGGCUCUGCAGAGAAUUAAUAACUGGGGCAGGGACCCCAAAAUGUGAUUUCCAGAUGUGACCAAGCUAUUGUACAUCUCCCAGAUGAAGAAUCACACCAAGGGUAUUGAUAUUAUGCUCUAUUGAAGCUUUGAGUCCCACCAUGGGACCAGUCAUCUGACAUUGGACAAGUCUUGUUUUCCUCUCCAGGUCUUGUCGGACCCUACAAAAUCCACUUCCAUUGCGAGGGGGGGUCUUUCUAGUUGUACACACUGCUCAGACCUGUAGAUUGUAGAACAGACAGGCUUUGCACAUGAGUCCAUGAGUUUUUGAUUGCUCAACUGAGCCAGGACCUAGUGCCUCACUGAUGUGGAACAAGCACAGGGUUCACCUUAUGACACCUUCUUGCUGGUUGCUCUCAUUUCACCACUUUCCCUCCAGCCAUGGCUGAUCGAUCGGUCUUCAUGUUUGUCUCGUACGGCAAAUAGGCACCUGCUGCUCAUGGAACCUGUGGGUAAAGGCAGAACAUUUAUCUUGGUGGUCACAUUGUCUGUUUACAUUGCGUCCUUAUGUGCCAAAACAACUCCAGUGUUGAGCUUUUGUAUUGUCUCUCUACAGAAGUCUCAUUCUGAUUGGAAAUCAGUUAUUGCUUCUCAUACUCAGGAAAAUUAAUCAACUACCAAUUUAGGGCUGGCAGGGAAUGGAAUUUGGCAGGGACGUGUCUCAUGAUAGAGAAGACCAAGAGGUAACCCACCAGCACACCUUGGCCUCUCAAAGAAAGCUGCUCCGGUGCUCGGGAUGAGGGAUCAACACCCUCCAAAUUCAACAGGAAAAGGAAGAAAUUGGCGGCAUAUAGGACAUGCAAGCGGGAUUAACCCUGCGUGUUUAUUGAAGUGCAACGUUUCUGGGGCACGCGCCUUCAUCUGAAAGGAGUCCUGUGUGUCCCGUUCAUUUCUUCCUUUUCCAUGAUAGAGAAGAAACACAAGAACUGUAAGGCAGCAGAUACACAAAUACUGAGCUGCCCAUUCCUUGUUUGUGGAACAUUGUGUUAUAGGCAUUCCAUCUGACUUCAUUCCUGGGGGAGCCCUAUAUUUAUUUCAGGCUUUGCACCCCUACUUGCUUCUGUUAAUACGGUGCCAGGCUCAUCUGGGUUGUCCUUUUCCAAAAGGCUGAGAAACAGAGGUGAUUCUUUUCUUAAUGCUGCUCUUCUCACUCUGCCUGGGGAUCUCACCUCUCCAGUGCACAGACCGGUACAUAGGGGGUCACUAGUUUACAGAACACAAUUGUGCAAAAUUCAUUAAGGUCCUUGGGCUGAAAUAUGAGCCUGAACUUUUAUGGCAACGUGUCCAUUCUGCUCUUUCAUAUGAAUGGUCUUUCUUUGGAGACACAGAUCUUUACUGCUAAAGGGCUGUGAUCCUAUGAAGAUACAGUAUGUGCCCAGCACUAAAGGGGCGGUUCUCCCUUUAAGUUAGCUUUUACUAUGUUAUAGAAUGGCUUUUCAAUUGGUCCUCAUUUUUUUUAAAAUA